CUGUUCAAAACUCCAUAUAACUUUUUUAUGAUUUUUGUGGGGGCAAUAAAAUAAUUGCAACUAUUGGAGACCAUAGAAUAGAAGCAGCAGGUGGAUCUUUUCCACCAGGAAUCGAAGUCCACAUCCUCGCUCUUCAAGGCUGCUAUGAGUUUUGCCGCAGGGAGCACAGGGAUACCCAGCCGUUGGCAAUGAAAAGUUCGACGGAUAAGUGCUGCUGCUUCUGCUGACAAAAGAACACAUUUCGGCCUAUGUGUGCGCACAACACUUACUUGUUGUUUGCUUAGACCACGACUGGAAGAACAGCCAUGGAAAGCUUGGAGAAUGAGCAGCAGCAGGAGGAGCUGCGCCACCAGCCUCGGGUCACCGCGGUGUCUUACAGUGGCAGUGUGUCCACAAAUCCGGCCAGCCACGAUACGCAUUCCCAGUAUUCCUUGUACUACGAUCAGCCGCGCGACUCGCUGUCCGACAGCUACAUGCUUAUGACUCCGUUCCCAUCCGGCCAGGAGCCCCAUUCAACGCCCCCGCCAUCGUUCACUGCCCUUGUUGCUCCGCGCCGCGGCGAGGUGGCUAGCUCCGGGUUUGAGGCCGCGGUUGGGCGUUGCGACAAGUGUAGCUCCUUGAGCGAACUGUGCCGCUGCCCAUCCCUGUCGCUGGCCAGCAGCAGUCGUUUUGCUGACUCUACCCAGAGUCUGGCCCAGGAAGAGCCGCAGUAUUUUGAGCUGCCCUCUUCCUCCACGGCGUUGGCUACUCAACCACUCGCUGUCAACGCUGUUCCACAGCGUCCCAGGCGAAAGAAGACUGAAACCCUGACGCUGCAGCGAGACGCUGACAUUGCCGGUGACGAUGUUGUGACCUCCAUCAGUGGCACUUGGCCGGCGGGUGCCAUGGAGGAGCAUGCCAUGGACGCCUCUGCGGUGGUGGUGUAUGAGCUGCCUUCCAGUUCGCAGCUGCAGCUGAGCAACAGCUCCUUCGAGACCCUGACAAGUGCGGCGAAUGUGUACGAUGAUGUGACCUCCAGUGCCUCGGACACGGAGCACGUGCAGUUCGCAAAUACGCGCACCACCAAUACCACAACGACCACCUCGGCCGUGCAGGCCCACAAGAAGAAGGCCAACCGCUCCAGCGAUGCCUCCAACUCGUCCUCUUCGGGAGGCGUCGAUGUGGAUACCAGGCCCAGUACCAGUGCCCAGGCGAGGCGUCAGCGUGUGGAUAAUUUCUCCUAUCGCAGAACGAGAGCCAUGGAGCCGGAGAAUGAGAGCAGCGACGAUGGUUGGGACCUGCGUAUGCAUAAUCCUGCACCGCCGGCGGAGCCCGCUGUAACGAUCAUUCGGAGCAGUAGUGGCGGUUCCCGCGACUUGGAGGUCGGCCAUGGGGAUCACAACUACUACAAUAGUCGCCGGCGGCAUAUGUGUGGGGCAAGGGCUCCACCGGACAGCACCUAUAUGUCGGCAGCCUCUUGCUCCACGGCCACGCACACGACCUGCAGUGUGGAUUAUGGCUCUCAGAUGCGUCAGAGAUCCGUGGAUGAAGGCGAUCCCUCUACCACCUCGGAGCAGGGACAAGAAAGGGAGCAGCAGGUGGGUCAGCUACUUGGAGGAAAGGAGGAGCAGCAGCAGGAGCUACAGCCUGGAGCUCAAGCCACGUGCAGCAUGCAGAACACGCGGGGUAAUCCUGGCCUAGUGGUGGGUCGUGUACGUCCCAGAGACGAUGCAGCUCCGCCUACCAAACAGCCGCGCUUGGAGCUCCCAGAAAGAUCGCCGCCCAACUCAUCUACGAAGCUGUCACCACUGAAAUACAAUUCCUUUCAGCCGGGAAAGAGCAGGCAUCGCACCUAUGCAGAUCAGGGAAGCAGUUCCAGUCAACAGAGCUUGGGUCAGACUGCCAACGGAUCCUGUGUCAUAACCUACGUGGGCCGGCCGAGGGAGAGGCACUCCUCUACGGAACUCCUCAAUCUUCCGUCCACUUCCGCGGGCAGGCGCAGCGAUGCGGCGGUGCUGACUGCUCCGGACUUGCAGCUGGAUGACUGGUCGUCGGACUCGAAUGAUGAUGAUGACGAUGUGGUCUUUGUGCACUCCACAAGAGAACCCAUACUCUCGAUUGAUCUGACCUCCGAUGACGACGGCCUGGCGAACGAAACGCAAGUGAAUCGGGAGAGGGAAAGGGAGAGGGAACUGGAGAGGGAAACGGAAACGAACAGGGAACGUAACUUGGAACGGGAUCGGGAUCAGGAUGAGCUGUUACUGAGUCGCCAGCAGACGCUUGAUGACCGGCGGCCUAUCUUCAACUAUGCCUACUCCCUGCCCACCUAUGCCCGCCGCUCAGAUCGAAGGACGGAGGUCAACAAUGAUGGCACCUCAGCCUUCGCCUUUUACAGCGGGGCUCUGGCUGAACGGGCUCCCAUCACGGAUCACAACUACAGCUACGAGCUGGACCAGCUGAUGGACCCCAACUCUGCUCACUUUUACCCACCGCGCUGCUCCAGCAUGGAUCCGCAGCGUUACUUCCAGCCGAUUGCAGAGUCUCCUCUAUGGUUGCUACCAGCGCCUCCGCCCCCUCCGCCGCCAGAGAAUUCUUCAGCCGAGGCCUACAGUCGUCUGCCUCAAAGAGCAGCGACUGGUGCUGCAGUAGCCACAUCGAGCAGCAGCUCCUCCAGCGGCCAGACAUCCUCACAGUCAUCGCGGCGGAGGCGCAGCAGUCCGGCGAACAUGUAUCACCGCUAUCAUCCUUACUAUGUGCCCCACUACGCCAUCACGCCCCUGCCCACUGUGAUGGAAGCAGUGUACUCCCCAAGCCUGCAGCCCAGUGCUCAUUCCUUGCCGCAUCCCCACUACCAGGGCGGUCAAGGCGGAAGCAGCCGAAGUUCGUUAAGCGGAGCUUUGAACGCUGCUGCCGUGGCAGCGACGGCUGCAGCAGCUCAGGUGCAGUCCUUCAGCGAGCUACUCUCAAGGGCGCACAAUGAAGGAGCUGGAGGAGGAUUGGAGGAUGAGAUGCGCGCAGUUUCGCAGCCCAUGGUGCACCAACAACAGCAGCAGCAGCAGCAGCAACAGCUCCAGCAACAUCAGCGGCAAUCCAUCAUUCCACCACCUCCAGGAGCCGCAGUCACCCUUGGAGCCUCAGUAUCACCGCCACCGCCGCUGGAAAUGUACUCUGGCCGGAGUACCAUUCCGUACUGCGGUUCCCCGCCAUUCAGCGUGCGAAGAUCGGAGGCGGCGUACAGCAAUCGGCAGCACUAUCAACCACAGCCGCAUCAGGGCCACCAGGCGCCACAGAACCAAAUGCAUGCCCACAUCCAUCCGCCUCACAGGGCCAGUGCCAUUGUGGCCACCUCGCUGACACCGGCUCCCCCUUAUCCGGUGCAUCAGAACCUAUGGUAUCGCCAGCAGAGCAUGCAGGAGAUGCAUCGCCGCCACAUGACACCCACACCCAUCGAUCUCUCGUCGAAUGCCCCUCUGCUGACGAGCAGUCUGCGCAAUGGCUACCUGCACAGUAUUUGCAACUGUGUACAUGCCAGGAAUGGUCCUGUGUCCAGCCUAGAUCCCGCCUAUUAUCCGCCUUAUGAUGCGGCAGCAGCAGCAGCUGCUGCUCCUCCACCGCCGCCGCCGCCUCAGCAAGCUGUAGCACCUUCCAGCAGCAGCAGCAGUCCAGCAGCGACAUCACAUGCAGGUGGCGGCGGUCCUCAGCCACCGGGUUUCAGGCACGGGCAGCCACAGGCCCAACAAUCGCCGCCUGUUAUGCAGCAUUUGCAGCGUCAGCGGGCGAUCCACCAUCACAUGUUCCAUCACCACUACUCGCCGCUGCAUCUGGAAAUCGGGCUAGCCACGCCCCUGUCCCUAGGAUCUCGCAUCCUUAUUGGACCACCGCGCCCGAAUCGUGGGGCCACUUUGGAAACCAUCGAAAGGAAUACCUUGCCGCACAAGUAUAGACGUGUGCGGCGGCCCAGCGAGUCGGACGAGGAUGCGGAAAAGUGUGCCAUCUGCUUGACCCUCUUCGAGAUCGAAAACGAUGUGCGCCGCCUGCCCUGCAUGCAUCUCUUCCACACGGAUUGCGUGGAUCAAUGGCUGGUUACCAACAAGCACUGCCCCAUUUGUCGUGUAGACAUCGAGACGCACAUGGCCAACGAUGCGCUGGCGCCUAGCUCCAGCGGCGUGACCGAUGCAGCCGCCAAUACUGCCGCCUUAUGACAUUGUGUGCAUGGCAUCUUUAUGUAAAAGCAAAUCCAAAUCCAAAUCCCUUAGACUGACUUUGUGGCGGCAACAGAUCCAAGAAGUGUUUGACCCACCCUUGAAAAUAUCAAAAAGCCAAGUCUGUUUGGCUCAAUUCUAAUAUCUAUUUUAUGAUAAGUGAUCCGGCAUAUAAUUUCCUAUAUAUAAUAUGAAUAUGUGUGCGUGUACAAAUUGUGUCCAUGUUUUGUGAAACAAAAUUCUUGUGAUAAGAAUUUCAUAAAUCCGUAUUUGUUAUAGUAUUUGUAGAACUUGAUUAUAAUUUGGCCCAACCUUGUUGUUAUAUUUUUAAUUAACCCGCGAAAUACAUAAGACUUCCCUAUAUUCCCUAAUGCAUUAUUCCAAAUGCAUUUUCUCAAUUAAAACUAAUGUUUUAAUACAUUUUCUUUAUUAAAAUCAUUGAUUUUAUUAUUUAACAAAAUAAAAUAUCUACCAACUAUUGCUCAUCUCAA